CUCAGACACUGAGACUGAUCUUGCUUCUCCAGCACGGUUUAGUCCAUUCACAGCUGAGACAGACUUUGUGCCAGAUCCUAUUUGACUCCUGUGAUCUCUGCAUCUUUCUAAAGUGGUGAGAUCCUAAUCCGCACAGAAAGAUGCAAACUGUGGUUUUGACCUUGUGCCUGGUGGUUGUGGCGUUGGCCAUUCCUGUUCGGAAAACCAGAGAUGCAUCGACAAGUAUGGAGAAUAUGAACUUCAAUCAACUAAAUCCACUUGGAAGCCCUUUUCAGUACAGAAAUCUUGGUCCCUAUGGUACAAGACGCAAUUUUAUCAACCACUUCUUUAACAAAAGGUUUCCACAUUACAACAACCGUAACUGGGGAUUUCCUUUCAACAACUUUAACUGGCGACAAAACAGCGGUGGAUAUUACCCUGGCCAGCAAUUUCCCUUCCAAAAUCCUAACCAGCAAUUUCCUUUCCAACAUCCUAACCAGCAAUUUCCAUCCUACAAUCCUAACCAACGAUAUUACUGGAAUGCCCAAAACCCUGGCCAAUUUCCUUAUUAUCAAAACGUCUUCCCUGCUUAUCCAGUGUGGAGAGAAAACGUUUUGGGAGUAAAUGCUGCACAAAUGGAUGCUGAAAGCAUGAGUGCUGAGGACCCAGUCAGUAUGGAAGAUACUCAGGUGACCAUGCCCUUUGGAAAUGUGCCUUUUGAACCUGUCAUGCCAGGUAAUGGAGAUCCCUUUUUACCAGGUAAUGGAGAUCCCUUUUUACCAGGUAAUGGAGAUGCCUUUUUACCAGGUAAUGGAGAUCCCUUUCUACCAGGUUAUGACGAUCCCUUUUUGCCAGAUAAUGAGGACUCCUUUCUACCAGGUAAUGAGGGACCUUUUACACCAAGUGUUGAUCCCAAUGCUGUGGAUGUUGGGGUUGAACAGGAAUCGGAGACUGAUGUUUCGAAUCCAGAGCAACCUGUUCUCCCAUACACUGACUCUGUGCAAGGAGGGGACCCAUUGGGCUCAAACGUUGAAGAUGAUUCUGUGAUCAGUGAGAGCCACAAGGGGCUGAACCAACAAAACACAAUCUCUGAGCACGGAUUGGACGUGAACCGUGAUGGAAACAUGAAUAAUGAACAAUUUGCCAAUCAGCAAAUGUCAAAUGGAAAUUUGGACGAAGAUGAUCAAACUGAACAGGAUGAGACCCAGAAUCUUGCUACCAACACAAUGGACAUGAACCCACUACCCUUUUCAAAUGAUAACGAUGAUGAUGAUAUAGAAUCCAAUCUCAACAUUGCAGAAGCCAAUGACAAUGAACUGGAUUCCCAGGAACAGGAUACCACUCAGUCCCGUGAAGAGAAUCUCAAUGAGUUCAAUCUACCGGCUUCAAAUGAUGAUGGAGUCUCUGAUUCUGAGGAUAAUGACAUCAUUAAUCCCUUUGUUAAUAGUGGUGCUGAUAUCAAUCAAGCAAACACCAUAGAUUCCAAUCUCCAUGACGAUGAAAUUAAUGGAAAUAAUUUCAGUGACAACAAUGGACCUAACAUCAAUCAGGUUGGGAAUGAUGAUGGAGUGGGUGAAGAUGACGGCAGUGUCACCAAUAACAUACAAAAUGAAGUCAAUUCCUGUAAAAACAUGCACUGUCGACAUGGGAGGGUCUGUAAGAUCAAUGAGAUUGGAAACCCUACUUGCGUUUGCCAGGCUGUGACAAGCUGCCCUGUAAACACUCCUGAAUUAGCACAAGUGUGUGGCACGAACAACAUGACGUACAGAAGCCCUUGUGAAUUCUUUGCUUCUAAAUGUCUUCUUGAAGAAACCGAGGAAGAACAUAACAUCCACCUGGACUACAUGGGACCCUGCAAAUACAUCGCUCCAUGCGUGGACAAUGAACUGAAUGAGUUCCCUCUACGUUUACGCGAUUGGUUGAAAAACAUUCUGAUCCACGUGUAUGAACAAUCCCCUGGCCUCCUGUCUCAGAAAGAGAGAACAGCUAUCCAGGAAAUCUAUGAUGAUGAGCAACGUCUUCAACCUGGAGAUUACUCUCUUGCCCAGCUCUCUGAUGACUUCAAUCAGAAUUACCAUAUGUACAUCUACCCAGUUCACUGGCAGUUCCAGCAGUUAGACCAGCAUCCCAUUGAUGGCGUCCUUUCCCACUCAGAACUGGCACCUCUCCGGACCACAUUAAUUCCCUUGGAACACUGCACAGCAGACUUCUUCAAAGGCUGUGACCUCGACAAAGACAGAGGCAUCUCUCUGAGAGAAUGGGGCACGUGCUUUGGCAUCAAAGAAGAGGAUAUUAAUCCCAACUUUAUCUUCUAAGAUGCUGACUAGCUGCACUCAGGAGGGUUUUGGACAUCUGACAGUCUUUGAUCUAUCUAGAUGCUACCGAUGGACAGUUAAUAUCACCUUCAUCACUGGAAAUAUUCAAACAAAAACAUCCCUUUUUUUUUGAAAUUUCGAUAAGUUCAUUUCAUUUGGGGGCAUGAGACUUUCUGGUAUUAUAUAGAAUAGGUAAUUACAAAAUACUGACCAAUCCUCAAGGACCUUUGUGAAUUUCUCAGGUUGGUUGAACAUCUGGAAGAAUUGUAGCAGUAACUAUUAUUAACAUCAGUAACUAUUAUUCACAUCACUAUUAUUAACAUCAUUAGCUGGUAAAUAUCAGGGCACUUUGGUUUGGUGUAGCAUCCAUACAGGGUCAUCAAAGACAUGGGUAUCCCUAUUAGAGGGCACUACCACAGUAUCCAUCUCGACAAAUUUUUAUAUGAAUAUAAUUGUAGAUGUAUGUGAGCAUUUUAAAAAGUUGUUUCUGUAAUGAAUGGAACUUGAUUUGAUUUGUGUAGAUUGCUUGUGUCUGCUCUUGUUAAGCCUAUUUGAUAAACUCUACUUACUUCCAAUAAAAUGCUUUGGACAAA